UCUUAAGUACGCCUGUUAAUAAAACACGUGUUCAGUACGCCUGGUUGCUUAUUGAAAUGGAUAUCACUGAAAAUGUGCCUAAAAGAAUUGUUUUCGAAGAUGAAAAUGGGAAUGUUAGGGUGCAAAAGGUAGUGUAUGAAUGGUUGCCAACACAAUGUAAGUGUUGUAAAGGUUUUGGUCACAUGACUGAUAAGUGCAGACUAAAAAUAAUUCCUGUUGAGAUUAAAAAGCAACCAGCAGUGAAAGAAUGGAGGAGAGUAAGUAUGGGCAAAGAAGUUCUGGUGGAAACGGUGAUGCAAAAAAGAAUAGGGGGAGAAGAAAUAACUAAUGAUACUGAAAUGGUGACUACUGACCAGGCUCAGGAUCUAAAGGUCUCUGUUGCAAGGGAAGGGAAUUCAGUGGUCUAUCAAGGGGGCAAAGAGAAUGUGAAGAAUAAUAUGGUGUUAUCGAGGAGAGCUGGUAGUACUGUCCAAGUUACUGAGGAUACAAGUGAUAGGGUUGCUUCUUUAGAGUACCCUAAGAAAUCUGUAACACAACAGGAUGGUAAUACUAGUUCACAUUUUAGAAUUGGGUCCUUGGUGAGCAAAGUGCUCAAUCCUAGUCCUAGUUCUAAUGUGUAGCCUCUUAUCAUGGAACAUAAGGAGUUUGAACUCU